AUGUUUAUCCUCAAUAUUCUCCACACAAUCGCUGACUACAUCCUGUCUUGGGUCAAAAUGACAGGAAAACUGAUCCGCGAGCAGCAACCGCUUAUGAAGAAGAUGAAAUUAAUCCUCCUGUUCAAUCCCUUGAUGGAAUGGCUCGACACGACACACGCAAUGCGUCUAUACAUGCACAACAAAGCCAUUGAAGAAGGGGAGCGGGAGGCCACGCCCGGCUCGAGAAAGCGAAUCAAAGAAUUCGUAGAUUUCUAUCAUAUCGAUAUGCACCAGUUCGAGCCAUCAAAUGUGGAAGACUACCCUACAUUCGAAGAUUUCUUCACGCGCGCGCACAGGCCAGGGUCGCGCCCAAUCUACGAGCAACAUGACCCUUCGGCUGCUGUUGUGGUUGCGGACUCGCGGGUGGUGACUUACGAAACCGUUGCCCAAAGCAAAAAGCUGUGGAUCAAGGGCGACGAGUUUACAAUCACGAACUUGGUGGCUGACAAGCAGGUCGGGCCCCGGUUCGAUGACGGCGCUGUUGCCAGCUUCCGCUUGUCGCCACAGGAUUACCACCGCUAUCAUAGUCCGGUCUCUGGCAGGAUCAAGCUCUUCCGGAGCAUGCCGGGAGACUACUACGAGGUGGAUCCAUUUGCACUCCGUAGUAAGCUUGAUAUCUUGACACGCAAUGCUCGCGACUACGUGGUCAUUGAAAGCGAGGAGUUCGGGGAUGUGCUUUUUGUGGCUAUUGGUGCUUCGCAGGUUGGGUCGGUCAAGAUCCAUGAGCAAUGGCAACAACCGGGAAGUGAGAUUCGCAAGGGGGACGAACUAGGUUUAUUUCAGUUUGGGGGUUCUUCGAUCAUCGUGGCGUUUGAGAAAAACCGCAUACAGUUUGAUGAUGAUCUGCUUCGAUUGAGUGCCCAAGCCAUCGCGGUGGAUGUUGAGUUCCUGUUGUGCAAUGUCUCCUCCCCCAGUGUGACUAUCUAUGGUUACUCAGGACAAUCUAUGUAUUAUAAUGGCUUCAUUAGAACUCAGAAUAUGAGAGUGGGACAACCGGAGAUUCCAGGAAUUGUUAUCGGCUGGUUUGUCAAGAUUCCUGGACAAAUCUAUACUGCUCCUCGACAGUCCGAAAGCUUGGGGUAUAGGGGAGAUAUAUGCACUGCUGCUGGACAGACUACGGGAUGGCUGAACAUUUUGUCUGUCUGUCUUGAUUUGAGAAUCAACAGCUACAUAGAGCAAUAA